UCAUUUGGUAGCUUAAAUUAUAUGCAAAGAUCAUGAAAUUCAGAAAUUCUUCAAAAAAUUUAUCAAAUUGUUCAUAUUUCACGACUUUAUAAGGAAUUAUUCGGCUUGAAGUCCCUAAUUUUACAAUUCGGCUUGAAGUCCCGUCGGCUUGAUGUCCGGCACCCCAGCUUUCUACUAAGUUUACAGCUGCGAUUUUAAACAACUGUCAAGCGUUUGCUGUCUUCAAUUGUGCAUUUAAUCCGGAGACCUAAUUUGUUUGUUAGAUAUGCCUCUAAUUUUUGCUGGCUCCGCUAUUAGACAGAAUGCGGGCAAAAUACGAGAUAUUGACAAAUGGGAUCCUACAGAUAAAGAGCGGAAGUGGCUGCUGCUAUCUGGGGCCAGCAACCCCCCUAACAGAAUCCAGCUGUCCGAAAUAGGGGAGCGAGAGGCGAGGGGAGAGAGGAGAGACAUAUUUUUGAAAGGUCAAAGCGUCGAUUUUGUGAAUAUGGAGAGAGCUGUAGGACACCACCUACAAAACAGAGUGCAGAAUUUGAACAUGAAAAAAGAAGAAGUAAAAAAUCACAUCCAGAUCUUUUUCAACUUUUGCAAGGAGAAAAAUUAUAAACCUAUGCUUUACUACACUGGCCAUGGUGAGUUACCGACUGGUAACUGGUGUCUGGCAGAUGGUACAAUUAGCAUCCAAGAGAUCUUCGACUGGAUCCCGACUGGCAUGGAACCCCCUACUAUCUGCACCGACUCGUGCUUCAGUGGAGUGUGGGCUGACUACUGCAUAGAGAAGAAAGUCCCAGGGUUUCACUGCCUCUCUGCGGCGAGAGACUACCAAGCUGCUUAUGAUCAUAAUGACGGAGGAGGUGAACUAACACACUACAUGACGGGCAAUGAGAACAAACUUAAAGAUGGUCGACCCUCCACUGAGCCAAGGUUCAGCAGAGGAAACCACGUUGAUUUCAGUGGAUAUGCAAAGUACGGCAAAACUAAUUACAUCGACUUCAUCCAUUUUUACACUCACAAUAAUGAACGGACUUUGAUUUGGCAAAGUGUCCACGACAACUAUAUUUGCUCCGUCUUCGAUAAUCACAAGAAGUAUAAUAAAAACAAGAAACAAUUUUGGGUCAGCUCCUCGCUCAAAGAAGUCAAGGAACAAAUGAAAAUUCACUCAAAAGCAGGACUGAAUAUUUUUUCCCUUGCUGUUGACCAGAAGUGUGGUAAAUUUUACACAUAUAUGCAAGAGGGCUACGGGACAGCACAGUCCAUAAUGCAGACCGAAGACCCUGAAGAUCUGUACAUGCCUGGAUUAUCGGUUACAAGUGUGGCGUGUUUGAAUAAAACAUAUUUCUUCGUAGUGACUGCUGGUGUGAGCGCAUUUGAAAAUCGGGAACAAGUUAUUUUUACUUGUAGAACCAGGUCAGAUCUUGAUUUGGAAAUAAAACGACAUCGGGCUAACGGCAGGAUAAUUACUUCGUUUUGUGUCAACUCAGAUUUGAAAGAGUACUUGGUUGUGAUGACGGAAAUGGAGGGACGUGGACAGGAGAGUAAAUGGUGGAAUAGUAGAACUACACAUGGACAACGGGAGAGGGAGAAGUGGGCAGGCGAUCUCUAUCAGAGGAGGAAACUAGUGUACACAAUUGUGUGUAAUGAUCCGUCUGAUUAUCAUACAUUCUACGUAACGACUGAAGAUGCAGACAGAAGUGGCCACGCAUUCAGAUUUGCCUCCUUCUUCGAUUGAGUUCUCACAUCAUGAUUUUCCCUUUUAUAUUCUGCCUUAAUUAUAUUCUAAUUCACACUUAACAUAGCAAAGUUUGAAGCUGAUUCAAUCUAAAAGUAUAACUCAAAACUGCCUGAAUGAAACUCACGUGCUAAUCUGAUUUAAAACAAUCGAGUUUAAAAGUUGUUAAAAACUCAAAUUCUUGCACGAUUUUUUGGUUCGUUCAAUAAGUAUCUGUCUUCACCAAACCUUGAUGGUCGAAUUAAAAAUAAGCGAUCCAAUUGAUUUUUUUACGGAGAAAUAUUUCAAUAUUAACCAUGAAAAGCAAACGAAUAACCAACUGCAUAUAGUUCAAAAUCAAUGGAAGUGAUCAUUUCAAGCAAAAAUCCUGAAAAAAAAAGUUGUAACCUCCUGACGCUUUUCAUUCUACUUGAGUUUCAUUUCAUCAAAAAUCGCAGAAGCUUACGUUUAUUUUUAGCGAUGACUACACAUUUCUGUGAACAAGAGUUUUCAUUAAAAUUAGUUGUUCUUCAAUUUCAAUUUGAGUAUUCUUCUCACUGAUUCGAACACAUGCUACCGAUUCUUAUCCUGCCCACCUUUCUUCAAUUUAGUUUCUUUUUAUAAUCAAAUUUAUAUCAUCAUAAUUUCUAUUCAUUUAGUCAGUUGACUAGGACCACAAGUGAUUUAGUGAAACAUCGAAAUGAUAUUUUCCCAAUACUUGUAUAAAGCGCAUCUGAUCAUAUGUGCUACAAGAAGCGCUUUGAUUACGUAAUAAAUUCGGUAAAUCUUUGGAUGCUUAAUAGCUGAAAUAUGCUUGGAACCCAAAAUCAAUUUUGCGAGAAAUAAUUUGUGAAUAUGUGAAAAUGAUUUCAUAAACUGAUUUUGCCAAUUUGUGAGAGUAGUUUGAUAGAAGUGAUUAUUCGGGGCCUAGGAAAUUAGACGAUAAGCAAAUUAGACGGAUACUAUAAACAACGAAAUGAGACGGGGCCGUAUCAGACAAAA